AAAACAAAAAGAAAGUAGAAAAGAAUAUGAAAUACUUGUGUCUUAUCGUGUUUUUAGCGAUUGUGAUCGCACAAAACUCUAGCUAUCUAGGAGUAAAAGCUGUGUCGAGUGAUGGGUUCGUGAGUAGGAAAGGCGUCCAAUUUAUUCUCAAUGGGAAACCAUUUUAUGCUAAUGGCUUCAAUGCCUACUGGCUCGCGUACGAAGCCACCGAUCCGACCACAAGGUUUAAGAUCACUUAUGUGUUUCAAAAUGCGACCAUUCACGGUUUGACCAUCGCCCGCACCUGGGGGUUCCGCGAUGGUGGCUACCGCGCUCUCCAAAUCGCCCCUGGUUUCUACGAUGAAAAAACUUUUCAGGGUUUGGAUUUUGCGAUAGCAGAAGCAAAAAGACUCGGCAUAAAAAUGAUAAUCACCUUUGUCAAUAACUAUUCUGACUUCGGUGGAAGGAAACAAUACGUGGAUUGGGCUAAAACCACAGGCCAAAACGUAUCUUCAGAUGACGAUUUCUACACAAACCCUCUUGUUAAACAGUACUACAAGAACCACGUCAAGACUAUGGUGAACAGAGUGAAUACAUUUACCAAAGUUGCAUACAAAGAUGAACCAACUAUUAUGGGUUGGGAGCUUAUGAACGAGCCACAAUGCAGAGCAGAUCCAAGUGGAAAAACCCUUAUGGCUUGGAUUAAUGAAAUGGCUCCUUACGUGAAAUUAGUUGAUUCAAAGCAUCUCCUCUCUACUGGUCUUGAAGGCUUUUAUGGUGACUCAUCUCCUCAAAGAAAGUCUUCUCUAAAUCCUGUUGCAGCCAACGUUCUUGGAACUGAUUUCAUCGCUAAUCACAAUCUCGAUGCCAUUGAUUUUGCAUCGAUUCACUCUUACCCUGACUUAUGGUUUCCAAACUUGGAUGAGAAAUCUCGGUUGGACUUCUUAAGAAAAUGGCUCGUAGACCACCUCGAAGAUGCGCAGAACAUACUUAGAAAACCCCUAAUCCUAGGAGAAUUCGGGAAGCCAACGAACAUACCAGGCUACACUCAGGCUCAGAGAGACGCAGUGUUCAACGCAACGUUUGACACCAUUUACGAGUCUGCUCAAAAAGGAGGCCCAGCCGCAGGAGCAUUGUUUUGGCACGUUAUUAGCGAUGGCAUGACCAACUUUAAAGAUCCCCUCUCCAUUGUACUUAGUGAAAAUUCGACGACGGUUAAUAUUAUAACUGAGGAGUCACGAAAGCUGGGUUUGAUUCGUGGAAAAGGAAAGUUAUCAAAAACUUAACUUUAAAUAGUCAUCCUGUAAUAAUUUUGCAACGAUAAA